UAGAAUAUCGCGGAAAAGUAUCCUCGGAUGUAGCCAGAGGACUUUUCCGCAACGAUCGGAAUUCUUGGAGAAGUUUCAAAAGCUCCUGCCAGACUCCUGUACAUAUAAGAAUCGUAGAAGUGAACAAUCGGAGUACAGAAAUAUUCCUAGAUGUAUCGCCUGUAUGAAUAUUUCGGACUCCUGGAUAAUUUAUCGCCGGUAAUAAUUGUCUAUCCAGAAGGCAUUCAUCACAGGAAGCAUGGUACAGUUUAAUGCGUAGAUCCGUACACCAGGAAGUCGACUUGUGGAAGCUGAGCUUGCAUGUAUAGGAUACCUGAAGAAUGCGUAGCGUCAGAUGCGUAGUAGCUCAGUAGAACACGAGUGUAGCAAUAAAUGACCAUGAGUGAUAUCAAUAAAAAAUUUAUUUAUCUAAACAAAAGAAACAGGAGAUCAGAGACCAUAACCAAGUCGGGAAUCAGUAAUACACCCUAAAGAAAAUUAGGAAGAUGAGCUAGUAGAAGGUACUGUGGCUCUGGGUAUAGCGUAGCACAGUUCAGCUAGGUGGGGCGCUCGCUACAUGGCUGUAAGGGUUGUGGUGGUUGAUAUCGACCCGGGGAUGGUGAGCUCCUAUGGCGCAAGCCUGGACGGAGCGUCCACUGGAUGAACCGGAGGAACUAGAGGAACUGCUAGUAGCCCGGCCAGUCCCCCGCGCGCGGGCGGUGCAUUCUACACCGUGGCUUGACGGAUCGGAAGGCAAGACCAGGACCUUCCACCAGGACCGUGAUCCAACACCUCGCCGACGAGGUGGGUGAGAUAACUCGCCCGCUUCCGGUGAGGUGAUCCGGCGUGGACAGGGCCGGGAUAUUAGUUGAAGUGUUGGAUAAAUCAUUUUUACUUUCCAUUAACUUGCUCACGCACCGGGUAAGAUUUGUCGAGACCAACGGGGCUUGAAGUGGCGCCCUGGAGAGUAGAUAAAAAUCGACACUUUUAUUUAUUAAAAGAAUAUCGUUCCAAGUGAACCCCUAUUCCUUGGUACGGUCGGAGAUAAUUCCUGAGCUACGUUACCGAUGAUCCUUGAGGAUAAGCCACACGAACUCCCAGGGAAGGAUCAGCUACGGCACAAGGAGAAGGGGCGGGCAGAAGGUCUACCAAGGUGGAGUUUUGUACGAACCGGUGGUCGGGAUUAGACGUGUGCGAUUAUUCGGUGCCGGGAUAGUACGCGCUUACUGAACGUACAACUUUGUUUAACGAAGUGCUUCAGUUGGUUAGCGAGAGAAAAAAGAGAGAGAGACAGAGAGGGGAGUGGAAAGUAAGAGAGAGAGAGAAAAACAGCUCUCACAGAAAUAGUGAUAGUACCAGUAGGUAAUAGUCCGUAAGAGCAUCUCGUGUCUCAAAAGAGAAAAAGAAAGAGAGAGAGAGUGGGUUGUCCAGAAGAAGUUGAAACAGUAUCCUGGCAAGAUGCCACUGUGAGAGGACCUUUAUAAACACCUCAUAAACGGUCUCCUUCGUAAACAUCCUAACAUCGUUGCUAUAAGACACCACCAACUAGAAUAACCAUGACGCAGAGACUGGAGACCUCCAACGAGGAGUCCUACCUCAACUCCGGAAGACCUUCGAAUCUCCUUAAGACAAGCUUCUCUAGCUCCAAGUUGGAAAGACUGUAUCGAGCUUCUUCGCUACAGCAACGCCGUGGCGGCCUCCAGUGCUUCCUGCUCUCGGCAGUGCUUUACGAUGCGUUCACCUUGGCAUCUCCUGAGCCCGAAUUGCCAGCCCGGAGUCUCACAGCUGUCUUCUUGGGGCUAAAUCUUGGCCUUCUCGCCUGGGCAGAACGUGGUACCAGAGCCAGGGACGCACUCUGGGCCUUAGUGCCGCACGUUGCCUGGGGUUUAUCCAUUGGCCAACUUUUGGCCCAACCCUUCCUUAAGGUCACCGAAGUUACACCCAGGGACGGCUUAGGAUGGCUUCUUCUGUUGUUAUAUCUUCUAUUCGCCACUCUACCUCUAAGAAUCUUCCUCUGUUCUCUUCUGGCCUUUGGCACUGCUGCUACAUACAUCGUUACCGUCGUCGGCCUCUCCAAGGAACCAGCUCAGACACCCAUCAACGUCCUGAUCUUGACGGUCACCCUGUCUGCUGGCGCCGCUGCUUUAGGCGCCUCAAGUUACUCCCUGGCGGAGUUUCAGCAAAGAAGAGCCUUUCUAGAGACUAGACAGAGUCUCGAAGUUCAGCUGGUGAUCGAGGAACAGAGUGCAGAGCAGGAGAGACUCCUGUUGAGCGUCCUACCCGAGCACGUAGCUGUUAAAAUGCGUCAGGAUUUAGGCGCCUCGCUGGAUACGCAGUUUAAAAAAAUCUAUAUGUCCAGGCACGAGAACGUUUCCAUCCUGUACGCCGAUAUCGUUGGCUUCACGGCGAUAUCAUCCACGUAUAGCGCCAGUGAACUUGUCAAAAUCCUGAACGAGCUCUUCGCAAGAUUCGAUCAACUCAGCGAACGAUACGAACAACUGCGUAUCAAAAUCCUUGGCGAUUGUUACUAUUGCAUAAGUGGCGCGCCUGUAGAAAGACCCGAUCACGCUGUACUCUGUGUACAUAUGGGAUUGUCUAUGGUUGACGCCAUUAAGUACGUUCAACAAACUACCAACAGUCCCGUUGACAUGAGGGUAGGAAUACAUACGGGUGCCGUCCUGGCUGGUGUACUGGGUCAGAGACAGUGGCAAUUCGAUGUUUAUAGCAAGGAUGUGGAAUUGGCAAACAAAAUGGAGAGCAGUGGCAUGGCAGGGAGGGUUCAUAUCUCGAAUGCGACCCUGAGCUUCCUCAAUGGUGAGUUCGAAGUGGAACCAGCUUACGGUGAGAAGCGUGAAGAGGCUCUUCAAAAAGCUGGCCUCAUCACGUACUUCAUCGUCAGGGCCUUAAAACCCUUUAAGCCAGCCGUGACGAAGAGUUUAGCGUCUCUGGCCGAUGCUGAAUCCUCCCAAAAAAUUAUGGAGGACAUCGACUGCAGGAACAAGGAAGAUUCCGAGGACUUCCGGCAGCGGCUACGUAAAGAAUUAGACAGUCGAGGUGGCGGUGCUGAGCUGAAAGGUCACGCAUACUGGUUGACAUUACACUUUAAGGAUCCCAACGUGGAAAUGGCCUUCCAUAGCGCUGAAGAAGCAUUCUCACCCUUGUCGUUGCUUGGCGGUCCUUUGGUGAUGGUGUGCGCAGCCCCCGUUUGGAAGUUACAACCCUGGGGACCGUUUACUUGGGGCGGUGCCGGAGUAGUCACUCUCUUCGGAAUAGUUCUUGCCGGCGCCACUUGUCUAGGAAGUGCUGUGCGAGCUAGAUGGCUUAGAAGGACUCUAGCACUACUCAUGAUAUUUUCACUAGGUGUCUUCUUGUUGCUCGACAUGGGUAACUGCGCAAUUAAUGAAGAGGUCGAACCUCCUACUAACGUCUCCGUGGGCUGGGUCCCACGUUGUCCUUAUCCUUCAUACUACUCGUACAUCGGCGUCCUGGCCCUGGUGGUCAUAUCCAUGCCGACCUAUAUAAGCUACCUCGGCAAGGCAUUGCUAAUGGGCAUCCUGGCUGGCGCUCAGUGUGCCAUGAAUAUAAUGCUCAUUGCUCCUAGCCUAGACAGAGAGGAUAGCGCAUCGAACCUACCAGGACCCGUACCAUUCCCCUUGAAGUAUGCACUCUCAGCGACGCUCGCCACUAUCGCCGUAGCUCUGGUGAUUGUCGCCAGAUACAUGGAAAAAGCCAGGAGGGUUUUGUAUUUGAGGGGUCGCGAGGUUGUCGCACAGAGAGAACGGGCUGCUGAUAUGAAGAGACGAAACGGCGCUCUUAUCUAUAAUAUUUUACCGCCUCACGUAGCAGCUUAUUUCCUAUCUACUGCCAGGUAUCACGAUGACCUCUACAGUCAAAGCUACGCCGAGGUCGGUGUCCUUUUUGCGAGUAUGCCCAAUUUUGCUGAUUUCUACAGCGAGGAGAGUAUUAAUAAUCAAGGCCUCGAGUGCUUGAGAUUCCUAAACGAGGUUAUAUCAGACUUCGAUGCGAUCCUCGAUCAGCAUAAAUUCAAGGAUAUCAUCAAGAUAAAAACGAUAGGCUCAACUUACAUGGCCGCAUCCGGGAUCACCGACUCGGAAGAACCGGAGGAAGGCCCGAGAUGGACUCAUCUCUCCACCCUCGUAGAAUUCGCCCUAGAAAUGAAGAAAGCUCUCUCAAGCAUAAACGAACAAAGCUUCAAUCACUUCGUCUUAAAGAUGGGAAUUAAUCACGGCCCCGUAACGGCCGGUGUAAUUGGUGCCAGGAAGCCGCACUAUGACAUAUGGGGAAACACUGUGAACGUAGCAUCAAGAAUGGAGAGCACGGGUAAAGUUGGUUGUAUACAAGUAACCGACGAGACCCGAAAGAUCCUGGAGCCGUUUGGUUUCGGUUUCGAGCAGCGAGGUCUAGUCUUCGUCAAGGGUAAAGGCCAACUACUAACUCAUUACCUAGUAACGAAAGAUGGCGUAUCCCUGGACCUGGACAGCGACCUCCCAGUAGAGCCAACUCAUCCAAUAAUUUAUCAGUAGAAAGGCAAGCGAGAAAGCGACAAAGAAUUUAAAGGAAAUUAUAGAGACGUCUCACGGGACUCACUGUUCCCGCUACUCGUAUAAAUAUUUCUCGUUCUUCGAGUAAAACAACAGUUACUCGAUAACGAACUCCGCACGUCGAGUGGUAGCUACCCUUUGCAAGGGUCUCACAAGAAAGGGUGUUUCUGUCCCUCUCGAUCUUCCAUCAGGAUCAGGGGGUCGAAUACUUGCGCACACGUACAUAUUACAAUGACAAAAUAUGAACACGGCUAAAGGCGCAUGCACAUUACACAGACUGGGUACACGUGCACUCACAAUACACACAGUAAAAUUUCGCAUCAACCCACCGACCCCGACCCAACACCCUUAACCUAACCUAACAGAGCAGCACAUAGCUAGAGACAUCGUCCGUAAUAAAGUAAAGAGGCUUCGAUCGCAACACGACUUACUCUCUUCACUCUCUUUUGCUUAACCGUCUAAAAAUAAAGUGACAAACCAGGUGUAAAGUAAUCUCGUACAAAAGAGAGCGGGCUCGUUCCUCUGAAAUAAAGAGAGCGAAACAGCAGCGGCAAUGGAAACGAAAGGUCAGGAAAAGAUGGAGAUGAAGAAAAAGAAAGAAAAAAAUAAUAAGAACUUCAAAUCAUAGAAUAUAGCUCGUAAUACAUAAAGGUCUACGUAAGACGCGGUACACGUACGUGAUGUCGUAUUAUUAGAAAAUUAUCAUUGUACCACUAUCAAAAUGGUGAUCGAUUGAUUAUAUCAUUGUGAAUUGAUAUAUCCCCAUUGCGUAACCGUCAUCAUUGCCGAUAUUUACUAUUUAAUACCAAACCGAACGCCGUCACUAUUAUCUACUAAUAAUUGAUACUACUAAAUAAUAUUAUUACUAUUAUUAUACUAAAUGCUAUUUACUACUACUGUUCAUUGUGUUCACACGAGCGUAUACUCCGCGUGGCGAAGGUGCAUCGAAACUUUAGCGUUAAUUAGUGAUUAGCGGAUUUAUUAGCGUAGAUCUGGCGACGGGUUGACGGGAAUCGAGCAUGUAACGAUUUUUAAUUGCGUUAAUGACUACGAGACGAGGAAUGAAAAUCAGAGGAGGAAAUGAUUCAGUGAAAAUUAAUGAAAAUUUAUCAUCCUUUACGCUCGUGAAAAUCGAGUUAUUUUUCUAGUAGUCUGUUUUAUUAUCAAUGAUAACGAUAAUGAGUAAAAUUUGCUUAAUAAUGCUCUUUUUUUUUCUUUGCGAAACGACAGAUUUUUUUGAUAGAAGAUAAUCGAGAUAAUAUUUACCGAAUGACAUGCGCGAGGUUGUUCAUUCAAUUAUGAGGGAGUUCAUUGAUCUUGUGUGAUCAUUAUUGAGAUUAAAAUGCGUAAGGACGAUUAAUUAAUACUGAUUAAUUAUGUACACAGAAUUCUACAGUGGUAGAAUGUCAGAAGUCAUAGAACAGGGAAUAAUGAAAAAUGAGAAACGCAUAAAUGGCACAAACUAUACAAAUAAAAUAGUCGUAGAAUAAUUAUUUAGCUCCGUUAUCGCGAUUCGUACAGGCCUCUCUUUUACUUUAUCGAAAGAAGGAAAGAAAUGAAUCGAAAAAAGCAGAAGUAUUAUUAUUUAAGAUUUCGCGCAAAGAGGAGAGACAGAGAUAGAGAGAGGGAGAAUGCAGAUGAAAGAAAGAUUUUAAAAAGUGGGUCGUCGACACUUUAUUUUUUUACUAAAAAAAAAAGGAAAAGAAAAAACAGUAAAAAAAUGAGGGGCAAAACCCAGUGGUUAUCUCGUAUAAAAAUUCUCAUCUCCCUUUCACCCAGUCAUUAAAAAUCGUUGAUUUAUCACGUAUAUAAAGUGAUAAGGAAAAGGCAAGUGGUGAAACGUACACGAUUACACAUACAAUUCAUGCAUGUCCGUUGAAAAAGAAAUAAUAAGGAAACGUGAAAGAGUACGUACGGCCUAAGCGCGGGCCUCGAAUGCGGGAGAGCCUCGCAAUUUCUUUUCUAAGAGUUUCAAGCAAAUACAAGAAGAGAAGAAAAGAGAGAAGAUGAAAAGAAAAAAAUUUUUAAUAGUCGGGUAAGGAGAAGAAAGAAAAUAUCAUUAUUUCUCUUCGUGUCUACCGUGAGAAUUUCAAUAUCUUCCAUAUCUAACUGUUACAGCCUUUCGCCCCUGACCCAUCCUGAGUCCCAUGUAAUCCGCCCCUGAAGCACGGCCACUGUUGUUGCGAGAAAAGACACCGGCACACUAUCAAAGACACAGGCGCACAUGAAAAUCCUUGUAAACUAGCAAUAAACGGAGUUUCGUGUAAAUAAAUAGAAAGGAUGAAAAGGCGAUUAUAAAAUGAAAAGUAAAUAAGGAUCGAACGAAGAGAAUAGUUUGAGCGAGUGAAGCAUAAAAUAGGUUUAAAAAAUAAUUAAAGAAAAGAUUGAAACAAGGAACACGUGGAACGACGUAAUACGAGGUUAGAAAGAUUGUCACCAGCAAGGAGAGAGGGAGAGGGAGAGAGCGAAGAAGGGAAACUAAGUUUUAAAAAAUAUCACUGUAGAUAUCCUAGCACUAGGUGUGAGAAGGAUUUAUGAAAAUGCAUUGUAAGUUAUUGAGUCAAAUGAGAGAAGAAAAAAAAAACUAUUGAGAAACUUCACUCCCGCGUCGAACGAAUAAACUACACAGCGACGUAAAUAGUUCAA